GAAGCAAUCAUGAGCAAGCAACUGACUCGACUGACUCGUGUGGGCCAGCUUAACAAGCUCCUAAAACACGCCACAGCGGCGGCCACGACUGCAUCUUCCCACAACAACUACUUCACCUAUGUCCGGGAGCUGUCGCAUCCCAUUGACCGGGAUCCACCGAUUGUCCAGCCGGAGGAGGCUGUGUCCAUCAUUAAAUCUGGUGACACGGUGUUUGCUCAGGGUGCUGCUGCCACCCCAGUGACCCUCCUGAAUGCCAUGACCAUGCACGGCAAGUGCAACAAGCUGGAGUGCGUAACCGUGUGCCACAUGCACACUGAGGGUCCGGGCGAGUAUGCCAAGCCGGAAUACAAGGACCAUUUCCGUUCCAACUCCUUCUUCAUGGGCGGCAAUGUGCGCAAGGCGGUGGCCGAGGGACGGGGCGACAAUGUUCCUAUAUUCUUGCACGAGAUUCCGAUGCUGUUCUACAAGAAGAUCGUUCAACCCGAUGUAGCCUUCAUCCAUGUGUCGCCCCCGGAUCGUCAUGGUUUCUGCUCCCUGGGCACCAGCGUCGAUUGUGUUCGGGCUGCCCUGCUCCACUCAAAAAAAAUUGUUGCUCAAAUCAACCCGAAAAUGCCUCGCACCUUUGGUGACGCCAUCAUCCAUAAAUCCCACUUCGAUUUGGCCAUCGAGGUGAACGACGAUCUGCCGCAACACGGUACUGGAAAGAUUUCUGCAGUGGAACAGAAGAUUGGCAAGCUGAUCGCCGAGAAUCUGGUGAAGGAUGGUGCCACUCUGCAGAUGGGUAUUGGCAGUAUUCCCGACGCCGUUCUUGCCGCCCUGCACAACCACAAGGAUCUGGGCAUCCACUCCGAGAUGUUUGCCAACGGAGUCGUUGAUCUGGUGAAGAAGGGUUGCGUCACCAACAGCAAGAAGAAGAUGCACCAGGGUCGCAUCGUUGGCUCCUUCCUAAUUGGUGACCAACCGCUCUACGACUUUGUCAACGAUAACCCCUUCAUUGAAAUGUACGCCAUCGAUUAUGUGAACAACACCAGCAUCGUGAAACAGCAGCCCCGGAUGACGGCCAUCAACAGUUGCAUUGAGGUUGAUCUGACCGGACAGGUGUGCUCCGAUUCGAUUGGAACGCGCUUCUACUCAGGUUUCGGUGGUCAGGUGGACUUCAUUCGUGGCGCUGCCGAGGGCCUGGACGGACUCGGCGUACCCAUCAUUGCCAUGCCCUCUACCACCAACAAGGGCGGUUCCAAGAUUGUGCCUACGCUCCAGCCUGGUGCUGGCGUUGUUACAUCUCGGGCUCAUGUCCACUAUGUCGUUACGGAGCACGGCAUCGCCUCGCUGUUCGGAAAGAAUGUCCGUCAACGCAUGUACGAGCUGAUCCAAAUCGCCGAUCCCAAGCACCGCGAGGCCCUGGAAAAGGCAGCAUUCGAACGCAUCAAGGUGAUGCCUUCCCCCACAUAGAGAUCGAUCAAACCACCAACAGCCAUUUCCCGGGGGAAUAGUAGUGGCCAGCAAUUCUUGAAGGCAUUCCCGUAACUGACAAGCUUCAUAGGACUGCAAAUCAUGAAAUCCUCCAGUAGUAGCAUUACCAAAAGUCAAAAUUAAAUAGACGACUAACUUGAAAGAACUGCAAUCAUGAUAUAUAUCCUUUAGAUUUUACACACCCGUAAAAUUCAUGUGAAAAAUAAAGUUUUCAAAUAAAAUAA